AAGCUCGUUUACGCAGAACCACAGCAUGUCUACGUUUUUUGUGACUAAGAUUUUAGCCAAGUGUUUAGAAUGAUUUUCUAAUGCCUCGAUACGCAGCGUCGAACUCAAAGCAUUCCGUUUACAUUUUCGGAAUAAGCUAACCAGUUACCCACCUGGAAAUACUUUGUCGUAGGAACAACUUUUUUUUCUAAUUUUUUCUAAACUGUCGUAUGGAAGGUUUAGGGGUACCUGCAAAAUCAAGGUAGCUACAGUAAUUGCUAACUAACGUUAGUUAGCUGAGCUACUCUAUUUGAUCUGAGCCACUAGUCUAUGACAAACAAUAGGCUACUCCAUGUACAGAUAAUUAAUGUAUUGCAAUCAAUUGGCCCUUGCAAGUGUCAUAUUUGCCGUCAAUACAUAGCUAGUUAGCAAGAUGAUUUGGCUACUUGGUGGUACUCACUAUUCGUUUAUGUUAUGUGCCAAGUCUCAUUGGAUCUAACAUUACUGCAGUGACAUGCAAGUUAAGAUUGUCAGGUAGCCUGAGGCUAGGGUGGACUCCCUUGGUCAGUUGGUAUAGACCUAACAAUACACUUGGAAUCACUUGGAAUAUUUCCUCAGAAUUUUCCUCAGAAUUGUCACUAUUGUAUAAAGGCUUUAUAAAAAUCAAUUUGAUUUAUAUGCUUAAGGAAAUAGGCCUGGACAGCUACUUGGACAUUACUAGGUCUAACCAAACUAUAUUUAAGUUGACCCUGUGCGUCACCCAGAUAGCUAGUUUAGUUGGUGUGAGAUGGAUGUAGAUAUCAAGCCAGAGGAGGAUGAGGUGGAGAUAUCCCCAGCUGUCAUUUUGUCUGACUCUUUUGAUGCAAGUUAUUUAUAUGCUGAAAAUGGAUAUGACACAGCAAAACAAUGGCUUAUUUGUAAUGUGUUAGAAGAUACAAAACCAAAUGAUAGGGAGUUUCAAAUUAAUUCAACAAAAGUUGGUGCUCCACUUCAAACAGCUGUAAAUGUGGGUGGUAAAGGUGUUGUUCGUGUUCACACAGAACAGGAUAGACCAAGCACCCCUGUAGGGAAUUUAAUCAAAGAGGAGUCAUGUUUUUACAUGUCACCCAGUGAUAUUCAGAUUGGAGAAGUAUGUACCUUGUCUCGGUCUGUCCUGGUCAGCAACAUUAAACAGGCAAAUGUGAUGCCCUUUGCAGAGGAAGUGGUGAAAAACUGCUACCCCUUGUGCAAAGAAAUAGGUGUGGAAUUUGAUGUGAGAUCCAAACCGGCAUCCAAAACAAAACUUGACUCACAGUUACUGACAAAUGGCGUAAUGUAUGAGGUUCAUAAGUUUGCAAAAAAUACAAAAAGGAGUUAUAUGUAUACCGUCUAUAAUAUUCUGAAAUAUAAUUUUGAUGUACGUUUUCAAAAUCAGAAACGCUGUCAAAAUGCCAUACAUAUUGCAUCUAAACUCAAACGAAUGGCCAAACGGAAACAUGUCGCAGAUAAAUACUUUUCAAAACAAGUGUUUAUAAUACCGCUUGUGACUAGACAAUACAAGAAAAAAGAAGCUAAUCCACCUGCAAGAUUGUCAAAAAGACAAUUGAAUUUGAAAGGGAUACAAAAGGCAGAUGAUACAGAGGAGAAGAUGAACUCCCAGAAGAUGGUUAACAAGACCGGUUUGAAAUAUCUGGUCGCUGAUGCAAGGACUGCAUGGUCUCUGCAUGCUGAAGAGAUCAUCUCUAUCGAAACAGAUGAAACUAUCAAGCUUGGCCAAGAUAAUGGACCCACUGACUUCUGCUUAAAGAAGUCUGACGUUCACUCUGAGGUCACAGAGCAAACCCCAUGCCCAGAGAACCACCAAGUUGACAUUUGCAGGAAAAUGAUCAAUGAAAUUGUUACGAGUGGUGAAAUGCAACAGAUGAGAUGGAUUUUUGUAACCUUUUCAAAGUGUUUUGGUGCUGGGACUGGUUCCGAAAAGAAAUUUGAACAAAUCCUCGCUGAAUACAGAUCAGACAUCCUACCACUGAUGGUUGAGAAACAUUGUGGCUUUAGUUCCAUUGAAAAGACAAUGAUGUGCCUUGUAAAUCAGCUCUUCUGUGGCUUACAUUUGAUUGAUGGCUUUGCUCACCAGGCAAAAACAAGUCUUCUACUUUGGGAAAAUAUGAUUUUAGGAGAUAAAGAAGUAGGAGCCCAUAGCUCCCCUAACAUUAGGACAACAGAGUUGGAGUCUGGAACAGUGCGUUUGGUGAGUUCUGUGAGUAUUGCUGUGCAAGAGCUUGGAUGGGCAGAGGACGGUCAGCUUGUUCCGUUCGAAACCUUUUUGACCAGCAAAAAAGAAUUUGAUCAAGUUCCUUUGUCUCUAUCCAUUGGACACAGAAUAGAUGGUCUGUUUCAUAAUUCUGCUGGGGUGUAUAGCAUCCAUGAUGAUUUGGUUGAGUUUACCAGUACGUACGGAGCUGAGAGUAGUUUGCUUGCGGCAGUUGUUGCUGAUUUGGAGGUUCAACAGUUCAAGGCCGGAUGCAGAGCUCUGGGUCUGGUUUCCAAGUUUAUCAUUGAUCCUCUCUGGAGAGCCUUAACUUUGAAGGGAAACGUGUUGGAGAUGGAAGAAAGAUACCAAACCCUUGUUACCAAACUCAAGGAAUGGCAGGAAGAUGGGAGAGGCCUUGUUAAAGGAAAUGCAUGCUUGUUUGAUGACAUUGAGGUAUCCAAGAACCUUGUGUUUGACAGGCUUACCAUGUGGACCGACACAGACUUUUUUGAGUUGACUGUUCAGAUUGUUGAGUUGAUCCUAGCCAGUUUUCUGAAGGUAUGUUCUAUGAUGCUUCCAGUCGAUCCAGAGCUCCUGUCAAAGAAAAAUGAUCGAUUCAGAAAGGAUUUGGCAAUAUUAGAUCAAUUGCAAAAAGCUAAGUCAAAUGCAGUCAGUAUUGCCAUUGAAGGCAUGGACAUGUGCAAGAAGAAUCAGACUUGGGAAUGGCUGUCCUUUUUGGAUGAACCAAAAAUAGUGUCAAUGAGGAAAACAUUCCAGACAGAGUAGGCAAAGGAAGAAGAAAAGCUCUCUGCCACACCUGCAGAAGAAUGAAAAUUGUAAAGUAAUAGACAUGAAAUAUGUCUUAUUUUAUUUUAGUGGUUUGGUACUUAUCUAUUUAAUAGUAAACCACAGUACAGAACCGUUUAAUAGCAUGGCAUCUUUCAAAAAAUGCAUGAAUGUGCUAUGUUUCUAGUGCCUUAGCUUUUGUGUUCAAAUAAACAGCAAUGCAACCUCAGAUGAGUUCAGACAAGUAGAUUAAAAGUAUAAUAUAGUUAGUUACAUUGUAUACCUAUUUUGUACUAUACUGUAUAGCCUAAAUAUGUUAAAACGUGGUGUCAGUAAAUGUUGAAUGUCAAAUAACGCUUAUCCAUUUGGUACCACAUGUGAAUGGUUCCACGUGCUUACCUGUUUUUAUAUGAUUUGAAAUCCAAUGUAGAGGUUUUUCACGAAGUCUGCUGUUAGGAAAAGUGUAGAGGCUUUGUCACAAUAGUUGAAUUUGCAGAUUCCCUUGGCCUUCUAUUCACUUUUGAUGCCUGGUCUUGUUUAUGAAAAAAAGAACAUGAUCAUUUUGAGAGGAGACCAGUUGUUAUUUUAGUGUUAUUAGCUUAUUUCUGGACCAUUUUUUUGUUUGACCUUUGAAUUGCCUACUUGAAUUGUCAACUUCAAUAUGAACAAGAUGGAGAGCAAGGCUCUGAAAGUUGUCUACUUUUCCAUUGUCAAAACGAGUCAUGCUUUGUUUUAUUUUAUUUUUAAAUACAUUUUUAAAUCAUAUUUUGGUAAUCCGUUUUUGAGAGCCUGUUUUAUCUCUAUAUUUUUGUUGGAGAUCAAGAUGUUUUCAUUAGGACAAAUGCACUGCAGUGCUUUUCUAUCUGCUAAAGCAUUCAAGGUUGCACAUUUCUGUAGACUUCAGGAAGAACAUGCUUUUAUAGACAAACAUCAAAUAAUUUGCAAAAGGCCGAGUUCCAGGUUUGUGAUGUCCACCAUGAGAGAUUCUUAUUGAAGUUGAACCAGUGACUAUCCUCUGCUUGAAACAAUUACGGGAUGUGAAGUCUGAUUCUGUCCUCAACUUGUUGACCUGCUCUGAGGAUGUUGGACACCACUGUUGCACCUUCAGCCAUUACUUUUUUUCAUGUCAGUCGAUGGGCUGACUGACCUCAAGGCGCAGAAGGUGUUUUAAGGUUUGUCGUCGGACACAAACUAUUCAGAGUCUGUUGUGAAUGACAUCCAGUAAUUUCUAAUUAUUUAUAAUGUAUGACAAUAGUAGUGAAACACUAGCACUACUCGAGAAAUUAUUAAUGACAUAUUCUGUGGCGGUAGUCAGCCUAGAGGUUUGAGAUGUGGAUCAGUUACUGAUGCGUGGCUUGUGUCAUUUCCCAGCUACCCUCUGUGUUGUGCCCUUUAGCUGGGCACAUAUUCCCCAAAAUGUUCCAUGGUGGUGUGCUGCGGCUGACCUGGUGCCGCUGCUUGUGUGUUUUGUGGGGUUGGGAAAGGCUAAAGACAAAGUUCAAUUUCUGUGAAAAAAGGACAAAGCAUUAUCCUGUUGUAGUUUAGGUAUAGGAGGUCUGGUGCAGUGGGGUGUUCCAGGUCCGCAACACUUGAGGAGAAAACGUCUUAAUCAUGAUGGUCCUCUGCUUGCCAUACUAGAGAGACACACUCUGUUUCCGUCCUCAACUUGCGGACCUGCCCUGAGGAUGUUAUACACCACUGUUGCGCCUACAGUCAUGUUGAUUUCCGACUGGUUGUCUUUGGACUACAUGCCAUGGGCUGACUGACAGAAAUACAAUGUUCAUCACUUUCCUCAUAUUGGACUACUCUGAUUAGUUAUGAGGUCACAGGAAAUAGACUCAUUACUCAUAAAUCAUUGCAGCUCACUUGACUGCAUCUGACUGUGGAUAGCAGAGCUCUCUGGUAUUUCACCAUUUGAAAUUAAACAACAAAAAUGUAGAUUACCAUUGUUUUACACUUCUGACAUAUCGCAGCAGUAAGAGUAGUAUUCUACCCGACUCAUAUAAACAACAUCCUUGAGUGUUUCAUUGAUUAAUGUAUCUUUAUAAGAUUGUAUUCCUUUUUUACCUGUAAAAAAAACCUGUAGACAUGCAUGAUCCUGUAAAUAUUUACAAGGAACAUAAAUCUCACUACUUGGUAUUUUUAUAUGGGGAUUGUGAAAAAUAUAUUUAAUGUAGUUUUGUAUGGUAAUUGUAAAUCAAAUUUGUUUUCAUUGGACUAGUCCAUAAGAUUUUUGUUAGGAUUUGUUUGUCUUCAACAACUGUUCUUAAUUAUGCCACCUUUUUUGUCCAAUUAUCUCCACGUAAUACAGCCAGCUUUUCCAUUCUUGGUUAUCUACCUCUGUAGCCUUUAUCUAAAGUUUCAUUUUUUUGUAUUACUUUGUUAUUUGUAUUGCUACUCUCUUCACAUGGAGAUGUUAGUUAUGGGAUCAUGAUUCCAAUUUGGCAACAGGUGCUUGGAUAGUUGGGAUUAAAUAAGUAUUGUUACGGAAAUACAAAAUGUCAAUAUCGGUCCCACUUUAAACCAAGUACAAGUACUACAUUCACAAAUCAUCUAUAAGUGUUUGUCAUACUCUAUGAAGGGUUACAUACCCAUUUCCCCUGUAGAGUGAAUUGCCAACUGUGACAUAACUCAAUAUGUAUGUUCACACACCAUCUGUAGAGUAUGACAUAUGGUUAUAGACUAUUUGUGAAGUGUUUAUGUGGUGUUUAUGAAGCCUUUAUGAAUGCUAUUUAAUGCCUUUAUAAGUUGUACCUAUCAUUAUAAAUACUAGUAUUAAUAGACUA